GGACGUCAUAUUUGGAUAUUUGAAUCUCCGCGCCGAAGCACAACUUGUUGAACUGAGUACGUAGUCUACGACUACUACAUAGUUGUCUUCCUUUUGUCAAGUAGGUCUGGCCAAGGGAGAUUAACUUCCCGUCAACCUUCCAAAGCCUCCAUACCUAGAGCAAAAUCCGACUGCUUUCCGACAUGCCACUGGGGGACAUUUUCAGACGAGUUGCCGAACUUCACACCAUUGAUUUCGGUAUUUGUGACCUAUGCUUACCCAAGGCUUACGCUGAUUUGUGAUGUUCGAUCUUCAAGGUCAAUGUAGGGAUGUGCUGAAGUUCCUCGCAGAGCCAAACCCCGAGGAAGAGUAUGCGGAGUUUUCUGAUGUUUAUUAUGGGGUAUACUCGAUAGUAGAGCAAAUUAUCGAAGAGAAUGACGCGGUACAGGGAAGGCCAAGGUUGAGUUACUUCGACGAUGAACGCAUCCUUCUCGUCGAAAAGUUCAGCAGCAUGCACGAAGCUCCAUUCGGUCACUUGGAUUCGAUAUUUUUUCGCUUUUUGUACGGCUCCUGUCUCAGGGAUGACUCUGUGUACACCUCGGUAUCCAGGGUUUUGAAGCUGAUGUCUGCUUCUGCCGUUCCAGACUUGAUGAUUGAUGUGACGACCGAUGAUGGUAUUCAUGAGGUCCUUGUCAUCGGGGAAUGUGCGUUUGGCCAAGACACAGAUUUAGUUCUUCGGAAAAUCAAAUAUGAAAUCGCCGGCCAUCCAGAGGUCUUGAUGGUCAUAAUGGCUGUGAUUGAUGAACAUCAACCAUAUCACUCACCUAGACGUACGUCUGAAGCAUGGCAGAUGCUACGCAAGGAGACGUCGACUCUUUCACGCUCUUCAUUCAAUUCGUUUCGGGGCCCUGCAGCACAAUCUCUUGAGGAACCCAUCGUAUUCGCAGGCCAUACAUGGUGUCACCUUGCAUCCGUUCGAUUCUACGUCUGGGUCCGGGGGGAUGAACCAAUCGACGUCAAUGUUGACAAUGAAUUGCUAGCAUGUGGUACCUUGUUUCCGAACCAAGAUAUGGGUGCAGUCGACACCAUGAUCAAGAAGGGCAUGGUGAUGAUGCGGGACCAUCUUGCAGCUGUCUGCCAGAAGGUAGCUCCGGCCAGUGACAUUUCUGCUCUGCGAGACUCCAGUGUUACUUUCUGUCCCGAGUGGAAUCAUCUGUUGCGUAAACUGAUACGUGCAGUCGACUACUACCGCAUAUGACCGGUACCGCUCGUGGUGUGAUUAGUCCCCCUUAAGCACCUCUGCCCUCGAUCACCAGGCGCACUCGCAACCAGGCAAGUCUUGAAAGCGGGGAGUCUCGUGUGUGAAUUGUGACAGUACUGGCCGGUCAUGUGGAGUCAAGGGCUCCUAAUUUUACACAACACCAUACUCAAUUUGUACUCCAUAGACAUCCUCGUCCCACAACUAGUGUCAACAUCACAAUCUAAUCGUAAGAACAUGUUACAUUGAUAAAAGGGUGUAUUAGCCUUUAGACACAACAUAGUAAAGAA